AUGGCGGCGCGGCGGCGGAGUGAGCAGCGGACGCGCCCGGCGCGGCGGGCCCCGAUGCGAGCAAGCGCCGCCAUGUGCAGCCGCCGCGCAGCCCACGGUUCCUGGGGCGAGGGAGAACGGCCCGAUGGGCGGCUCUUCGUGCCGCCCUGCGUUCAGCAGCAGGUUCACCCAAACCUGUCGGCAAAGGAAGAUUCCCUGUAUUACAUUGAGGAGUUGAUCCUUCAGCUGCUGAACAAACUGUGCAUCGCUCAGCCCCGGACUGUCCAAGAUGUGGAGGAGCGGGUCCAAAAGACAUUUCCUCACCCCAUCGACAAGUGGGCGAUCGCUGAUGCUCAGUCUGCCAUAGAGAAACGGAAAAGAAGGAACCCUCUCCUGCUCCCUGUGGACAAAAUCCAUCCUUUACUGAAGGAGGUCCUGGGCUAUAAGGUGGAUUACCAUGUCUCUCUCUAUAUCGUGGCUGUCUUGGAAUACAUCUCAGCUGACAUUUUAAAGCUGGCUGGAAACUAUGUUUUCAAUAUCCGGCACUUUGAGAUCUCCCAGCAGGACAUUAAAGUAUCAAUGUGUGCUGAUAAGGUUUUGAUGGAUAUGUUUGAUCAGGAUGAGAUUGGAUUGGUUUCUCUGUGUGAGGACGAGCCCUCUUCUUCUGGGGAACUCAACUACUAUGACCUUGUGAGGAACGAAAUAGCAGAGGAAAGGCAAUACCUGCGGGAGCUCAACCUGAUCAUCAAAGUAUUUCGGGAAGCUUUCCUGUCCAACAGAAAACUCUUCACACCCAAUGAUAUCGACGUGAUAUUCAGCAACAUCUCGGACAUCCACGAGCUGACGGUGAAGCUUUUGGGAUUGAUCGAGGACACCGUGGAAAUGACAGAUGAGAGCAGCCCCCACCCUCUGGCUGGCAGCUGCUUUGAGGAUCUUGCAGAGGAACAAGCCUUUGAUCCAUAUGAAACCUUGUCCCAGGAUAUUCUCUCUCCACAAUUUCAUGAGCAUUUUAAUAACCUAAUGGCAAAACCUGCUGUUGCUCUCCACUUCCAGUCCACUGCUGAGGGGUUUAAAGAAGCUGUACAAUACGUCCUCCCCCGCCUGCUGCUCAUCCCAGUCUAUCACUGUUUGCACUACUUUGAGUUACUACAGCAAUUGCAGGAAUGCAGUGAGGAUGAAGAGGAUCGGGAAUGCCUGAAACAAGCCAUCACUGCCCUCCUGAACCUGCAGUGCAGCAUGGAGCGCAUUUACAGCAAACACUCCCCGAGGCGGCGGCCUGGGGAGCCGGUCUGUCGCUUCUACCACCGACAGAUAAGGAGCAAACACUUGGCCAUCAAGAAAAUGAAUGAGAUCCAGAAAAACAUUGAUGGCUGGGAAGGCAAAGACAUUGGGCAGUGCUGCAAUGAGUUCAUCAUGGAAGGGGGCCUGACCAAAAUAGGAGCCAAACACGAGCGGCACAUCUUCCUCUUCGACGGUUUGAUGAUCAGCUGCAAAACCAACCACGGGCAGUCGCGGCUCCCCGGCUACAGCAGCGCCGAGUACAGGCUGAAGGAGAAGAUCAUCAUGAGGAAAAUCCAGGUGAUUGACAAAGAGGACACCCCUGAAUACAAACAUGCCUUUGAGCUGGUGUCCAAGGAUGACAACAGCGUCCUGUUCGCUGCCAAGUCCGCCGAGGAGAAGAGCAACUGGAUGGCGGCGCUGAUCUCGCUGCAGUACCGCAGCACCCUGGACAGGAUGCUGGACUCAGUCCUGCUGCAGGAGGAGAACGAGCAGCCCCUGAGGCUGCCCAGCCCAAACGUUUAUCGUUUCGUCGUGGAGGACUCUGAGGAGAACAUUGUGUUUGAGGACAACCUGCAGAGCAGGAAUGGCAUUCCCAUCAUCAAGGGAGGGACGGUGGUGAAGCUCAUCGAGAGGCUGACGUACCACAUGUAUGCAGAUCCCAAUUUCGUACGGACUUUCCUCACCACCUACCGCUCCUUUUGCAAGCCCCAGGAGCUGCUGAGUUUGCUGAUAGAAAGGUUUGAGAUCCCGGAGCCGGAGCCCACGGAAGCGGACAGGCUGGCCAUCGAGAAGGGGGAGCAGCCCAUCAGCGCCGACCUGAAGCGCUUCCGCAAGGAAUACGUCCAGCCAGUGCAGCUCAGAAUAUUGAAUGUUUUUCGUCACUGGGUCGAGCACCAUUUUUACGACUUUGAGAGAGAUUUGGAGUUGCUGGAGAGGCUGGAGACCUUCAUUUCCAGUGUCAGAGGCAAAUCCAUGAAGAAGUGGGUGGAAUCCAUUGCUAAGAUCAUCAGGAGGAAGAAAGCCCAGGCCAAUGGGAUCAGCCACAACAUCACCUUCGAGAGCCCUCCCCCCCCCAUCGAGUGGCACCUCUGGCGCGUGGGGCACAGCGAGAGCCUGGACCUCAUGACCCUGCACCCCAUAGAGAUCGCUCGGCAGCUCACCCUGCUUGAGUCUGACCUGUACAGGGCAGUGCAGCCUUCGGAACUGGUUGGCAGCGUGUGGACUAAGGAAGAUAAGGAAAUUAACUCCCCAAAUCUCUUGAAAAUGAUUCGUCACACCACAAAUCUCACUCUUUGGUUUGAGAAGUGCAUCGUGGAGACGGAGAACUUUGAGGAGAGAGUGGCUGUGCUGAGCAGGAUCAUAGAAAUCCUGCAGGUUUUUCAGGAUCUGAACAAUUUCAACGGUGUUCUGGAGAUUGUCAGUGCCAUGAACUCUGUGUCAGUGUACAGGCUGGAUCACACCUUUGAGGCACUACAGGAAAGGAAGAAAAGAGUCUUGGAUGAAGCAGUAGAAUUAAGCCAAGAUCAUUUUAAGAAGUAUUUAGCUAAGCUCAAGUCAAUCAACCCACCCUGUGUGCCUUUCUUUGGAAUAUACCUGACAAAUAUCCUGAAGACAGAAGAAGGGAAUCCUGACUUCCUUAAAAGACAAGGGAAAGAAUUAAUUAACUUCAGCAAGAGGAGAAAAGUGGCUGAAAUUACAGGAGAAAUCCAGCAGUACCAAAACCAGCCUUAUUGUUUACGGAUAGAGCCAGAAAUCCGGAAAUUCUUUGAGAAUCUCAAUCCCAUGGGGAAGAUCCCAGAAAAAGAGUUUACAGACUAUCUGUUCAACAAGUCCUUAGAGAUUGAACCUCGGAACUGCAAGCAGCCACCUCGAUUUCCUAGGAAAACAACCUACCCCCUGAAAUCCCCCGGGAUAAGGCCCAACACGGGCAGACACGGCUCCACCUCUGGCACCUUGAGGAGUCAUCCACUGCCACUCGAAAAGGAGCCCAGCAAGAUAAGCUUCAGUAGGAUCACUGAGGCAGAACAUGAAUCCGCAGUUUCGGCACCCACCUCUCCCAACACCCCGUCUACGCCACCGGUGUCGGCGACUUCGGAGUUCAGUGUGUUCUCAGACAUAGAUCUCAACAGUUCUUACGGUAACAACAGCAUCUUCGCUCCCGUGAGUUUGCCUCAGUCGAGUGAGUAGUGGAACUCUGUUAAAUAUUUAACUCUGCCUCUCCUGGGUUCAGGAAAGCUGAAUGGGAAUGAAAAUCUGAAAUCUGGGAUGAAAAUGUGGGCUGCAUUCAGUGGGGUUCUUUGUAGGUCAGAUGUCCAGUGAGGAAUGUA